GCCUUGCUUUCUAUGCUUGUCGUCGCGCUGGUGCAGCGAUUCUGCAUGCGAAUACUGUUGAACUACAAGAACUGGAUGUAUGAGAAGAAGCCAUCUUACCUUACCAUGGCAUGGGGUGCAAUCUUGCGCGGGUUCUUCCUUGGCCAGCGCGAGCCCUUGACCUAUUCGUUCCAAAACGCCAUGCCCCGGUUGGCUGUUCCUCCGCUGCAGAGCACAAUCAAGAAGUACCUGCGAUCAGUGCAGCCUCUCCUCACUGAGAAGGAGUACGAGAAUGUGGAGAGAGACGCUGUGGGGUUUGAGAAGUCUUCAGAAGCUCGGAAGUUGCAAACUCUCCUGAUCAUGAAAAGCUUCUUGUCGGGCAACUAUGUGUCUGAUUGGUGGGAAAAGUACAUCUACCUAAGGUCCCGCUCGCCGAUUCUGAUCAACUCCAACUACUACGGGCUAGGAUACGCCAACAUGAUCCCCUCUCAUCAUCAGACGCACCGAGCUGCCGUCCUUGUUCACCUCUACGCCAGGUUCAAAGUCAUCCUGGACACCGAACGCCUGAAGCCCAUGACCAUUCGCGGCACUGUGCCGAUCUGCAUGCGACAGUACGAGCGAAUGUUCUGCCUGUGCAGAAUCCCCGGAAGAGACGACGACGUUCUCCGUCAUACGGACUCGCUCCAUAUCGCCGUGUUGUACAAGGGAACCUUCUGGCGCGUGGAGGUCUUCGAUCAUCAGAGAAGUCCCUUAUCUAUCCAUGAGAUUCAGAACCAGCUUGACUUCAUUGUGGGAUCUGUCGGAAAGGUUAUCCCUGUCCCAGAUCCUGCCGAUGCCGAGGCAAAUCUGCCUGCUCUAACAGCCCUGAACCGCACUAGAUGGGCUGAGAUCCGCGAAGAGCACUUCGGAUCUGGGCUGAACAAGUUGUCGCUCGACGAGAUUGAGCACGCCAUGUUUUUCCUGCACCUGGACGAUCGCUCGCCUAAGAACUGGAGCGAGACCGCGAGGCUGUCGCUGCAUGGCGAGGGAAACACUCGGUGGUGUGACAAGUCGUUCAACCUCCUGGUGUACAGUAACGGAGAAGCUUCCGUACAUGCCGAACAUUCAUGGGCUGAUGCUCCAGUGAUCGCGCAUGGGUGGGAGUGGGUGCUGUAUCAGGAGUAUGCCUUGAAACCAUACCAUCCUGAUGGAACCUUGAAGGCUCCAGAUGACAUCCAGCCGCUUGCUGAUCAUUCUAAGCUUGCUCCAAAGACAAACGUCAAACGCGAGACCCUUGAAAAGCGACAAAUUCACCCGGCCAAGCUCGAGUGGCGCUUUUGGCCGGAGGCCCGCGACGCCAUUUUGGAGGCAGCGCAGCUUUCGGCAGAGCAAUGCAAAGAUCUGCACCUUGUGGUAGACUCUUGCGAAGUGUCCAAGGGAGGCUAUGGGAAAGGUUUCAUGAAGAAGCACAAGUGCAGCCCCGAUGCCUGGAUCCAAGUCGCGCUGCAGAUCGCCUACCACAGGGAUCGAGGGUCGCUGGCGCUGACGUACGAGGCCGCGGCCGUGAGACUGUUCAACGAGGGGAGGACGGAGACGAUCCGCUCGGUGUCGCUGGAGUCGAAGAACGCAGUGAUGCAGAUCCUGAGCGAUGACGUUCCCAAGAAGGACAAGAUCGCCGCGCUCUACAAGGCUGCUGACCAGCACCAGCGCUACUCGCGCGAUGCCUCGCUGGGUCGAGGGGUGGACAGGCAUCUCUUCGCCCUCUAUGUCGCCGCCACGGGCCUCGGGCUGGAAGUGAAGUUCCUCAAGGACGCUCUGAGCAUGCCGUGGAAGCUGAGCACAUCUCAGAUCCCCCAGCGUCAGACUGAGUUCGUGACGACCGAUCCCAACAUGGUCUCGCCUAGCGGAGGUUUCGGCCCUGUGGCCGAUGAUGGCUAUGGUGUCUCGUACAUGAUGGCAGACGACGAUCGCACUUUCUUCCACGUAAGCAGCAAGCGCUCUUGCAAGGUGACGGACUCCGAGAGGUUCAUGCGGGAGAUCAUGCGGGCCUUGCAAGACAUGCGGAAGAUGUUUGAG